AUGACUCUUUCUAGGCAAGAGUUCCUCUUUGGUGUUUGGGCUGAAGAAUUGAAUGCCCAAGGAGACUACAUGAAGUGCAGUGUGCAGGGCAAACUGAACAGAGCUAUGCAGAAACAGACUGAGUCCUAUCUCAGACCCCUUUUCAGAAAGCUGCAAAAAAGGAAUCUUCCUGCUGAUAUUAAAGAAUCUAUAACAGAUAUUAUUAAAUUCAUGUUGCAGAGAGAAUAUGUGAAGGUUAAUGAUGUUUAUCUCUAGAUGGGCCUUGGAAAUGCCCCUUGACCCCCUGAUGUCACGAUGGUUGAUAUCCAUGCCAGAGCUGGCAGGGAAAAGAUGUUUUCCAAGCAUGCUGCACAUGUUUUAAAUGGUGAAACACAGCAGAAAUAUAAUCAGGUAGAUUUAACAUCUACUAGGAUAAAAGGAAUAAGAAAAAUGGAGCUGUUGCUCCUGUCCGCCAAGCAGCACCACGCCAGAGGCGACAGGCGACCACCUCUGCGAGGGCGGAGGCAAAGCCGUACUGCACUUCGCCUCUCCCCUCAGACCGAGGACGCAGAGCCUCCCGCCGAUCGCGACGCGGCUCCUCGGGAAGUAGUGCCGUCCGCGUACGGAGAGAAACUUCCGGGCGGCGCUGGUUAA